AAUGUAGGAAGGCAACAAGUCCAAGUGAGUGUUUCUGGAAAUGUUUGGCCAAUUGCAAGAAGCAACAAGGGGGAGUUUUAAGCCAUUAACUCAUUUCUAACGCGAAUAUCUUCAUCCUCCUCUUCUUCGAUCCGAAGCAGCUCCAUUUGCGUCAUCGGAGACUCUCAUCCAUGGCCGGUCUUCUUCUCCACUCCUCUUCAACUGCCAGCGUUCUGCUUGGAGGAAUGGGGAAAUUUAGGGAAGGGAAUCGUCAUUUGAUUUUUUCGCCCAAGAAACCUAUGCGUGCUAACUGUCUUCGUCUCGGCUGCAGUAAUUCAACGAAUGGCAUCUGCGCUUUCCUUUUCAAUCCUUUGGAGGAUCCUGUUGUCAAAGAAGCUCUUAAGGAGCCAGUUGCGUUCGCAGGUGGGCUAUUUGCUGGGCUUCUAAGGCUUGAUUUGAACGAAGAUCCAUUAAAGGAAUGGGUUAAGAAGACAGUAGAAUCUGCAGGAAUCACAGAGGAAGUUGACACCCAAGGAUCUGUACAAGAGGAUGGCCCAACCGAGAUCGAGAUUGAAUGAUCCCAUGAAUAUAAACUGGAAAAGUGGGGAUAAAAGGGUAUCUGAUCUGAUUCGACUCAAUAUUACUAUGGCUCCCUUGAUUUAGAAUAAGAAAUGAAAUGGUUUAGGAGUUAACCCCUUUUCAUAAUCCAAAUACUCUACGACUUCCUCUAAAAAUACUUCCCCAUGCUGUUCUAUUUAUUUCUCGAUUCAGGAGGAAACGCAUCAUUAGUGUUUACAUAUUUUUGCAAAA